CUAUUUCCUGCAGCAUCAAGUGGCUCCUGCCUGAGACGGCACAGCGGCGGCGGUGUGGUCGGUCUGAGUUCACGUAAACGGAGAGAAGACGAGACGCGAAGGCCCCUCUGCUCACACCGACAACUGUUGCCCUCACAGCGACGACGGAUACAUAAAGAAAGGAAAACGUUUUUGUUUUGUUUUUACUACAUUCGUUUUUCAAAUCUUAGUUGUUUUUAAACAAAUUGAUUUCAUUUGAUAGCCGCGCAUUUUUUUUAAAGUUGAGAGUUCAUGAUGGCGACAGCAACGGUGUCUCUCCCCGCGGGCUGCGGCCCGAGCCCCGGGUCCGGGACGGAGCUCGUCCGCGGGCAGGCCUUCGACGUCGGGCCUCGGUACAGCAACCUCUCCUACAUCGGGGAGGGAGCCUACGGGAUGGUGUGCUCUGCCUAUGACCGGGACAACAAGGUCCGCGUGGCCAUCAAGAAGAUCAGCCCCUUCGAGCACCAGACGUACUGCCAACGCACGCUGAGGGAGAUCAAAAUCCUGCUGCGCUUCAAACAUGAGAACAUCAUCGGCAUCAAUGACAUCAUCCGCACGCCGACCAUCGACCUGAUGAAGGACGUAUACAUCGUCCAGGAUCUCAUGGAGACGGACCUGUACAAGCUGCUGAAGACCCAACACCUGAGCAACGACCACAUCUGCUACUUCCUCUACCAGAUCCUACGAGGCCUCAAGUACAUCCACUCCGCCAACGUCCUGCACCGCGACCUGAAGCCCUCCAACCUGCUGCUCAACACCACCUGUGAUCUCAAGAUCUGUGAUUUUGGUUUGGCCCGCGUGGCCGACCCGGACCACGACCACACCGGCUUCCUGACGGAGUACGUCGCCACGCGUUGGUACAGAGCGCCCGAGAUCAUGCUGAACUCCAAGGGCUACACCAAGUCCAUCGACAUCUGGUCAGUGGGCUGCAUCCUGGCUGAGAUGUUGUCCAACAGGCCAAUCUUUCCCGGGAAGCACUACUUGGAUCAGCUCAACCACAUUUUGGGGAUCCUGGGUUCUCCCUCUCAGGAGGAUCUCAACUGCAUCAUUAACAUCAAAGCCAGGAACUACCUCCUGUCUCUGCCACUGCGCUGCAAAGUGCCGUGGAACCGCCUCUUCCCCAACGCCGACCCCAAAGCGCUGGACCUGCUGGACAAGAUGUUGACCUUUAACCCUCACAAGCGGAUCGAGGUGGAGGAGGCCUUGGCGCACCCCUACCUGGAGCAGUAUUACGACCCCACAGAUGAGCCUGUCGCUGAGGCGCCGUUCAAGUUUGACAUGGAGCUGGAUGACCUCCCCAAGGAGACGCUGAAGGAGCUCAUCUUUGAAGAAACGUCACGUUUCCAGACUGCCUUCAGGUCCUAACGUCUCACGCCGAUGAUUCCGUGGACCGGCUCCUCCUCGCCGUCGCUGUGACGCUCCUUUUUGUCUCCUCCUCACGUUGUCCACAUCGCUUGGAUUCCUCGGGUCUCGCUCGUCCACUUUGCUCAGGAAUGGCGUCAGGAAUCAAUCAAUCAUUCUGUAGGCUCUCUUUUCUCUCUUUCGCAUCACCGCUCACAGUCUCGGGGUUGAUUUUUUUUUGUGUGUUUCAAGCCAAGUUAAACAACAAAGUUUGUUUAGUGCGUCUUAAAGGCGUAGAUGUCCAGUGGAGCAGCCGCGAUGAUGUCGUGGUUACUUUUCUGCACAAACAUCAAAGAAAAGGGAAAAAACGGAGCCUAAUUAUUUUCUAACCGCCUGUCGCACUGUUUCAAAGGAGACCUUUUUUAAAUCUUAAAAAAGAAAGGAAAACAAUCCCUGAGUUAAAUCAACUGAUUUAUGCAAUGAAAUCACAUAAUCAGCCACAGACCUGUGGGCCCCGAAGCCAUCGUUCUACUUUGAAGAGGAUCUAUAUUUUAUCAACACACUUGAGGCCCAAAUGCAAAUAUAUAUAUACUUAUGAAUAUAUACACAGCCCAAAGAGUCUUAAGAUAUUUUAAUGGUAGGAGGAAUGAUCCACACAAAUUUUUGUAAAAACCGAGAAAGUAAUUCCCCCCCCCCCGUCGGCUUCAGUAGAAAGUCGGGUUGCGUGUAAAUGUGGAUCCAUCUCUGCCUUAUCCCCCCCCCCCCCCCCCCUCGCGCCCCGUUGCAUGACUGUUAUCGGCCGCUCGAUGGAAGGGUUCGUCGCCUUCUCCUUCACACGGUUCCUCCCCCGUUUCCUUCCCCCUUUUUUUAUGUCCUUUCCGUCUGCAGGUUUCCUUCAGGGAAACUCGUGCUGCUCCCUGCGAUGACUCUUUCUUUUCUCUGCGUGGUUGCAAAUAGGAGAAUAACCAUAUAUCUGUAUCCAUAGCGAUCACUCAAACCACACAAAGCGCUGAGAAGUGGAAAUAAUACCCAGACUAAAAUAAAUCAGGUUUUCCAUUUCGUCCUUUUGCUUUGAGUUGCACAUUAUCAGAACAACAACAAUUUUAAAUAAGAAGCCGCAGAGGUUAAAGGGCAGAUUUACUGUUAGAGGCUGUUGGAUUACAAGGUUUUAUCUCAAACAUAAUAAAGACUUUAUUCUGUAAUAAAGACUCGAACGACUUUAUAUAAAUAUAUAUAUAUAUAUGUGUGUGUGUGUGUGUGGAUAAUUUAGGCGAGUGUCAUCGUUUGUUUACAUAUGGUUUCUUAAAUAUAUUCAGUUCCAUAGUGACACUGAGCCUCAGCCUCUGCUGGCACUUAAAGUAGGAGAUUAAGUAUACAUUUAAUUAUACAUCCCAACUGUUUGAGGAGAAUGCAGCUGCUUUUUGGGUAUUUCAGACGUGGUCUGAUUCAGAGUGAAGCUGAAGCUCAACUCGUUAUUUGAAUUCAUGUCAAAAAGGGAACGUUUGAGUCGUACAAACCUUCCUGCUCUCGUUGAUCCACCGAAGACGCUCGAAUUGAGAUCAAAAUGUCAGAAUCGAACUGAGUGGGCGACGCUCUGCUGAUGCUUUAGCAAAUGUCAGUUUAAGGGAAAACGUGCUUAAUCAUCCAAAACUGCAAAUCUUCAUAUUUCGAGAAGCUGUAACCAGGAAAUGUUGAGUUUUUAACUCUAAUUGACUUGAACAACCAAUUAAUCAGUCUUUUCCUUGUUGUUUAAUCUAAUUUAGGGAAUCUUUUACAGCGUGUCACAAACAAAAUGUACAGUUUUAAAACAAAUGAUGUCCGGUUCCAGUAACCCACUGAUUUAACCGUUUCUUUUCCUUUUUUUAAAUUUGUGUGAACUGAAGCAGAAAAAAUUCCUUCGGGAAAAACUCUGGUUUUUAAUCGGAGUUCCCUCUUUGCUCAAACCCAAAGGAAAACCUGCCUGUUGGUUACAAAUGACCAAAACGCCGUUACACAAAUGUUUCUUUUUUUUCCCCCCCGAGCAGACGUGAGCGUGGAGUAGAGACCUGUCCCACCUUUUUAUUAAAUGCACUUGCUUCCCCGUAGUUGGGAUGGGGCGUGUAAGCCGAGGUGCCUGCC